UCCACUUUUUCUAUCUUCACAUUCUCUACAUUCUCCACCUUUUCUAUCUUCACCUUCUCCACCUUGUCUAUCUUUACCUUCUCUACCUUCUCCACCUUUUCUAUCUUCACAUUCUCCACCUUGUCUAUCUUCACUUUCUCUACCUUCUCCACCUUUUCUAUCUUCACCUUCUCUACCUUCAGCUUCUCUAAAUCACCUCCACCUGCUCCCAGAAGUGUACAGUAUAUAUUUAGUGUAAGGAAAAUCAGACCGCUGGUCCUUUAAGAGCGCUGAAACUUUCAGCCAAUCAGAGCGCUCGCUCACGCACUCCGGCUAGCGGGUGGGAACCGAAGCUGAUUGGCUGAGUAUUUUUUCCGCGGGAAUGUAAGUAAAGAAGUCAUAUGCGCGUGAGACCAGUGGAAAAACGUGGACCGGUGAACUUGUGGCGUGUGUGUGCGAGAGAGAGAGAGAGAGAGAGACAGUGUGUGUGUGUGUGUGUGUGUGUGUGUGUGUGUGUGGAUGGAAGUGUGUGACAACGGAGUGAGGCGCGUGCUGCAGGCGUUGAGGACGCUGUAUGGGCGCGUGCAGACCCUGGAGGAGUUCAGUAAUGGUGUGGAGUUCAGGGAUGGACAGAAGCCGCUCCUGCUGGAGGAGAGAGACUCCGUCCGCCUCAGAGCGCUCCUCAGGGGCAUGGUGGUGUGUACUGAGUCUCCCUUAAUACACACUCCCAGCUGUGUACAGCUGGCCACCCUGCCCGAGGUGCUUGCGUUUGUCCUGAACCGCAUGAAGAUGAAGAAGAAGAGAAACGUUCUGAGUUUUGGUUACCGCUUCAGCACAGCUCGAGGCGAUUCGGACCCGUUCAAGUUCCAUGGCUCCAUUUCUCAAAGCGCAGCGUUCAUCUGCGGCAGUGAAGCCUGGGCCAAAAUCAACCAGCGACUCGGCACUGAUCUCACCCAGUACCUACUUACUCAUUGCGCCGUGUUCACCACAGCACCCCCUACCUGCUUGGUGCAGAUCUGCGGCGUUCCUGUCUACGAUUUAGUGCCUGUACAUUCCUGGUCUGGGUUCCUUCUCAACUCAGAUCAGAGGAACAAAGCUGGCACAAUGAACAGGAACCAACGGAUUACCUUUAAACACCAGACUAGGGUGAGGAAAAACUCUGUAAACAGAAGGAAUGCUAAAAACAUUCAAAACACAGUAAAUAAUAAAAAGAGAAAGAGAGAAGAAGAAACAGAAGUGAAGGACGUGAUGGAGGGUCAUGAGGAACGUCCAGCAAAGCAAAAUAAUACUAAGAUUUUAAAUCCAGAUAGUGAUCUGGGAAAGCCUUGUGUAGAUAAAAAUGUUUGUUCAGUUCAAUCAGCGCUACCUCACAUUAGCCCCUCCUCCAGACAUGGCCUGUCCAGUUGGAAAGCGAGUGAUCAACCACCACCACGCCCAUCUCACUGUUUCAUCAGCGUUCUGAGCAUGCUCUAUGGAGGGCGUGGCAUGAAUGCCUUCUUGCUGAACCGGAAGUUGCAGGGACACGGGGGUGGUAUCAAAAUGAUCCAUGGUGCAGAUGUUGUCAAAAUGGUAUUUUGUCUGAAGGACAAGGAAAAACUUUCAGGGUCAAAAUCACAAAACCAUAAGCUGCCUAAGCGUUUUUUUGCCAUGGUGCCAAUUUUUGAUGUGCUUAUACGACGUCACAGAAUGUGCCGCUACAUUCGCUUCCUGUCUCGGAAGUGUGCCACGAGUGAGAGUGAUGGAGACAUGGCAUCUCUCUUGUCUUCUCAUUGUUCACCCUACAGAGUGUAUCUCUUUGUGAGGGAGUGUGUGCGCUUUGUUAUUCCAGAUGAACUCUGGGGUUCUCAGCACAACAUGGUGCAGUUCCUGUCCAGAGUGAAACACUUCUUAAAACUAGGGAAGUUUGAAAAACUCUCCUUGGCUCAGGUUAUGUGGAAGAUCAGAGUGAGUGACUGUCGUUGGCUGGGAAAUAAGAAACGUCCCUGCCCAAGUGAGCAUCGUUACAGAGAGUGGAUCUUUGGUCAGUUUUUGCUCUGGCUGCUAAAGGACUUUGUGAUCGGCCUUGUAAAAUCUUUAUUUUAUGUCACCGAGAGCGUCGGCCAUAAGCAUGCACUGAGAUUCUACAGGCACCACAUCUGGAACAGAUUACAGAACCAGGCCUUCAGGGAGCAUCUUUCUAAAGGUCAGUGGAAAGAGCUGAGUCCUGCAGAGGCAUCAUCACUGCCCAAGAACACUGGAACAUCUCGCAUUAGAUUUAUCCCCAAAACCAACGGUAUGAGGCCAAUCACAUGCUUAAUCAGCACGGCAGCAGCUGUCCAGUUCCAGAGUUCGGUACGUGACCUUCAGAACGUACUAAGUGUGUGUGUGCGAGAGCGGCCAGCUCUGCUCGGCUCGACUGUGUGGGGACGACAGGAUAUUCACAAGGUGCUGAGGUCCAUCCCUCAUUCACACUCUCCAUUUUACUUUGUGAAGGUUGACAUCAGUGGGGCAUAUGAUAGUCUCCCUCACUCUAAACUUUUAGAGGUGGUGCAAGAUGUUCUUAAGCCAGUGGAGGACACCUGCUUCUCUCUGAGACACUACGCUAAAGUGUGUACCGACUCUGAUCAAGAGAUCAGGAAACACUUCUGCACCAGGGCUGAAGCAUUUGAAUUGUUGAACAUGAAGGGUUUUGUAGUGGAGGAGCAAAACAAUGGAAACCUCCAUGAUGCCAUUUUAGUGGAGAAGCUGUUGGUAGAAGUUAAGGGUGCAGAUGUAUUUCAGUUCUUCAAGCAGAUGCUGAGCAGCUACAUCAUUCAGUACAACAAGAAACUUUUCCGGCAGGUUUGUGGGGUUCCUCAGGGUUCUGCAGUCUCCACCAUGCUCUGUAAUUUGUGUUAUGGCCAUAUGGAGAACUGUGUGUUGGAGAAGGUGACUGAGAAAGGAGGGUACCUAAUGCGAUUGGUAGAUGACUUCCUUCUGAUCACUCCAAGACUGAGUAAAGCAGAAGAGUUCCUCAAGACGUUAAUGGCAGGUGUUCCUGAGUAUGGUUGUGUGAUUAACCCUCAGAAGUUGGCGGUGAAUUUCCCACUCAGUGAGGAUCUGCAGUGUGUGGAUGCCACAGAAUUCCCGGCUCACUGUAUGUUCCCCUGGUGUGGCCUUCUGAUCGACACUCGCUCCCUCCACGUCUACAACGAUUACUCCGGGUACAUACUCCCUCUGUCCAUCUGUCUGUCUCACUAUCUCUCUCUGAUCGACACUCGCUCCCUCCACGUCUACAACGAUUACUCCGGGUAUGCUGGCCAAUCACUGCGCUACAGCCUAACAUUAGGCUCCACCCACACCCCUGCUAUGUUCAUGAGGAGGAAGCUGCUGAUGAUCCUGAGGCUGAAAUGUGACCGCAUUCUUCUGGAUGUUCGUUUAAAUUCCAUUGACGCCGUUUACAGGAACAUCUACAAACUUCUCCUGUUGCAGGCCAUGAGGUUUCAUGUGUGUGUGAGGAGUUUGCCGUUAGGGCAGGGUGUGUGGACAAACCCGAUCUUUUUCGUGAAGAUGAUCUGGAGUAUGGUGAAGAUUACGACCAAAAACAUCACACACAGCAACCCAGGCAUGUGUGUAGAUGAGGUUCUGCAGGAUGAAGCAGUAACGUUGUUGUGCUGUUUAGCAUUUGACGUGGUUUUGACACACCAUCGCUCUUCUUACCUCCAUCUCCUCCCUCACAUCCACAAACGGAGGAGGAGCGUACUGAGCACGCUCCGUGGCAUCAGACUGGCACGAGUUCUCCAAGCAGCGACUCCCAGAAUUCCUUGUGACUUCACCAGCAUCCGGAUCUGAACCUCCGUCUCACACUCCCCAUGCUCAGGAUCUCCCUGAGAAACACCUCCCUCAUCCCUCAGGCCCUGUGACCUCACAUCACCACUGGAUGUUUUUGAUAAAGGCCUGUUUGUUUGUUGUAUAACCGAACACGGGUGGGGGUUCUUGGAGGCGGAGCUUUAUUUAAAUCCGAGUAAACACACUGAAGACACGCCCACUUAUGUCACAGUAGCAAAUAAAACCAGCCAAAUUAACAUA